UGUGUGUGGCGCCAAUGCCAACGCUCUGUGAAUAUUUUUUUCUAUUUUUUUAGCGGUGCGGUUGAUGCAGUUUUGUCGGCGUUUUGUCACCGUUUUGGUCACAGUUACUGCAAAAUCGGCUGCUGGUUUUUCAUAACGGCAGCGCGAGGACUCCACUUUCGUCUGAUUGCAUGGAGCUUCGUACAGCAUCCAUGUACCGUAGUGCCAAUUCAAUGGCGGCUUGCACAAACCAGCUGUUAGCAGCCAAGCAAAGGCUUUCCAAUGUCUUGGGAGAUGGCUUCAAGGUGUACAUGAACUACCUGAAGCUCUGGUUCAGCCAGAAGCUCACCAAAGAGGAUUUCGACCUGGAGAUCAGGAAAGUGCUGACCCAGGAGGGUGUGCGUGCCCACAAUGAGUUUCUGCUGGCGUUUUUCAACAAAUGCCAAGUCCCGUGCACGGGACGCGAGUCGAGCUCUGCAAACUCCCGCGACAAGAAGCUCAAAAGCAAGGCCAAGCCCGUGCGUGUGACCUUCGAGAAGCGGUUUGUGCCGGUAUCGGUCACUCGCCACGUGCCCACAGCUAAAGAGCCGGCGGCCAGUUUGAACUUGUGCGUUCGUGAGUACUGCCUUCCCGACAAGAUGCUGGUCCACGGUCGCAUGUUUGUCAUCGCCUGGGACAGUGGACUGGAAUCCGUUGACGACCGGGCGGUCCAGCUUGUCGUGAUCGCCAUCAAGCAGAAAGUGAGAGCCAUAAUCUUAGCUCUGCUAAGCCGUCGCAGCGCGUACAAACUUCGGGACGGUCGAAUGCAGCACAGCCUGGGAUGCGCCCCGCCAAACCCUUACCUGCGGUUUCCCGGUCGGUCACACUUCUCGGUAGGCCUAGUGGGUGCGGCAACGGUGACACCUGCUGGCGAACACCAGCCCUGUGUGCCGCCCAGCCUGGAUUGGGCUGAGAGUAGGGCUGCCAUGGAGGUGGCCGCCGAUCCUUGGGAACGUCCGCCGCGUCAACCCAUCUCUGCUGCCGAUUUGCUGGAGACGCUUCAGGUUCGACGUGACGUCUUGCCAGCUCACUCCGUUGGAGCAAGGGCUCUGGAGCACGCGCUUGCUGCACAGUGGCACCCGAGCCACGAGGAGCUGCGACAGGCCAGCAUCCACGAGCAAGAGGAAGCCCUGAGGGCACAGCUUCUUGAGCAGCACUUAGUGUGGUGAAACAGAUCGCACAAAUGUAUGUUCCUUGUGACCGCAGGUUGAACUUAAUCAGUCUCCAAGGCUUGGGUAGCUAGGCUCUGAUGACAUCCUCACUCUAUAUAUGGAGAGGCGGAUGAGAACGCUGCUCCUGCUGGAAGUUCGGAACAAUGGAAGAGAAUUUUGGCAUUUGAAACAGUGCAAUGUGCCUGAAGAAACAUGUGUGCCCGGUUGAUAAGGUAGUGGCAGACUGAACACAUGGUGAUAGACAAGCUAGAGGCUCAUCACCAUGAUUACAGCCAUGUCUUCAGAUAAAGACUGCAAGGAUGAUGAGCUACAGGCUCAUCACCAUAAUUACAGCCAUGUCUUCAGAUAAAGACUGCAAGGAUGGAUGGAGUAAUGAAUUCUGGGGGUCGCCACGAAAUCGGCUCAAGCCAAGCAAGACAGCACCUGUCACUCUAGUGAUGCAAGUGGUACGCGAAAUGACUGCUUGUCAAAUUUUUUUUUUAUUCUCUGUGCCGCAACUGUGCGAAAACUUACAUGAGUUGUACAACCUCUGCGUUGGCUCUUCGGGCUAAAUUAAAAUGAGCUAUGGUGAUUCUGAAACUGAA